CACGCUUUAGGAGGAGGCUGACAAGAGAAAUGCAUAAUUCUGCGCAGGCGCUGUCCCAUUAGCACCCUUUUGUCCCAGAAACCCUUGCGCGCUCAGGCCACUCCCCCCUCGCUCCUGCCUACUUUGAUCCUUGCGGCUGAAUCGGGGAGAAAAGGGGCGGGGCGGGGAUGAGAGUGGCGGCGUCCUAGCCCCGCCCCCAAACGCCUCGCCAUUGUCCUGUCAGCAACUGCCACUAGAGGUCGCUUAGGAACCGCUUCCCUCUUCCCUCCCUCCCCCACACUUCGGCCACCUCGCCACCUUUGGGCGGCGGCGGCGGCGACCGCCUAGCGCAGAAGCGCUCGAGGCCCUGCGGCGCUCGCUCGCUCUCUCUGACGGGGAUGCUUCGGAGAGGCCCGGCGGAGCCAUGGACUUGGACGAGGCCUUCGGCUUGGUGGGGGAGUUCGGCCCCAGGCAAAAGCGACUCACCGCCUUCCUGGUGCUGCUGCAGGUGGGGGCGACGCGCGGGGCCCGCCCGGCUCCUCCCCCCCCCGACCAGAUGGCAGUUGCCCCCAUAAUUCCCUCCGCCUCAGCCCCUUUUGUCACGGGGUGUGUGGCGCGUGGCGCGCGUUGCCAAGGCAACAGCCAGGGCGCUACGUGGACCUGGGCGCGGGGCAGGCAGGAAGCGGCUGCGCUGCCUCGUGGAGGUUGGUGGCGCCUCCCGAGGGAGGAUGCUGAGUUGGGGGGGGGGUUGAGGGGAGCGACGUCGCUUGUUCCUGCAACGCAGCUGCUGGUGAGAAGGAUGCUGCUUCCUUUGGAAGCACCUGACCAGCGAGACUCGCCCUCCGGGGCGCUGGGUAUGUGGAGAGGGGAGAGACCUCCCCCUGUGGAAUAGUUCAUAGAAUUGUAGAGGGGACCAUGAGGGUCAUCUAGUCCAACCUCCUGCCCAACGUGGGGCUCCGACCCACAACCCUGAGGUUCAGAUUCUCAUGCUCUGCACGUGCUGCGGAGAGGCUUGUCAGCCUGAGAAAGUAACCCGUUUGGAGAAGGAAAACAUUGGUCCCAAACCUCCGCAGCCAUGAGGGAUAUCUUGGGGAGAAGAAAAGUCUGAUGACCUAUCCCCCCCCCCCACUAAUUGACCAACUCACUCGCCACCCCCCAGAAAACUGCUGCUUAAGAUUUUGAAGUCACUUAUUGUUUUUAUCUUGCUUUUUUAUGUUGUGAACGUCCCUGAAAUCUGUGAAUGAAGGGUGGUAUACAGAUUUAAAAAUAAAUAAAAUCUUUGAACACCAUUACAACUUGGGAAUGAUACACUAGAAAUGCACUAGUAAUAUUAAUAACAUGAUUAUUACCCUGGCACAAAUGUUAUGUUCUGGUUCUGAUUAGUGGAUGUAUGCUGGGCUACUCUAGAUACAGUAAGCCCACAAUUUACAUUCAUUUAACUUGUGUGCAUUCAGCUUCAGGCAUGUGGCAAAAAAAUUAAAAGGGGCAGAGGGAGAUGAGGUUCCAGGAAAAUGACUUUGGCAAUCCCAUCCACCAUUGAACCCAAUGGGUUUUAACUACGUAAUUUAGGAAAGAGUGUAAGUUGUGGACUUGCUGUAUGAUUGCUUUGAGUUCCACUGUUGUUAAAGGCCACAAAAAUAAUAUGUGGAAAAGGAGAUGUGAUUUAAACACUGAUUAACGAGCUGUUGAAUAUGAUAAUGGAAAAUUCACAUCAUUGAAUAUAAUAAAAAGUAUAUUACUAAGGAAGAUUUUCAAGACCCCCAAAUCCCACCCCUUCCUUAAGAAUAGAUAGAACAGGAGAUUUUACCAUACCCUACUGGUUUUAAAUUGCCAGGCAUUUCAAACUGUGUGAUCUUGGGCAUAUGCUAAGUCCAGUGGGACAAACUCCAUGUGCAUGGGGCUGUAGAGUCACUCAGUGGCAAAUAAUUAGUCUUCUCUUUUUUGUUGUUGGAAUGCCUUUGUAUGAACAUUUGGAAGAUGCUAAUUGUUUUGAUGGCCAGUGUGUUUGUGAAGUAGAAGAUAAUUGCAUACUGCCUGUGUGGUCAGCUACACAAUAGAACCCAUUGCAGGAUUCUUGUCAGUGAGAGAAAGUCCAGCAAGCAUCAGAUCUUGCCUUUACAGAAACAGUGGUCUCAAGUACAGUGCUUUACUUGGUUCCAUAAAAAUGAAAUAGCAACCAAUCAUAUGUAUGGCAGGCAGUAAAAAGGCCUAGAUGCAAUAGGUGUAGGAGCUAAAUUCAUUUUUUCCUGUCUGUACAACUCUAUACUGGGUUCUGUUUCUUGGUCACACCAGAGCAUGACAGUGUUGGGACCUGGCAUGUGUAUUUAUUUAUUUAUCUCACUGAUCGCUCUAAAUAAACUCUCCUUGUUUUGCUUUUAAGGUGUUUGUGGCCUUUCAAUCUAUGCUUAUUGUGCUAGUGGGAGCAGUGCCGGAAUAUCAUCUCGACCUGGAGGAGAGUCAAACUAGUAGGGAGGCUCUUGCAAAACAUGUCAGGUUUACCAGCAACUUCACAUCCAUAGCAACAGAGGCAAGUAUAUUUUGCUGCUGUUUCUUAGCAUUCUUUUCUGUUUUUUAGGUUUCUUAUUUUGCCCAUAUGGCUUCAAUAUAGGAUGCUGCCUCUUAAAACCUUGGAAGAAAAGAACAGGUUAGGCUUGUGUGUAUGUUGCAAUUUUUUUUAAAUGAGAACAUGGAAUUUACUGCUAAAGAAAAAGUCACUUGAACUAGUACAGUGGUGCCUCGCAAGACGAAACUAAUUCAUUCUGCGAGUUUUUUCGUCUUGCGAAUUUUUCGUCUUGCGAAGCACGGUUUCCCAAAGUCUUCAAAAUCACCAAAGUCUUCAAAAACCUCAAAAAAGGCUACCACACCACGUGCUAUGAGUUGCUCCUCGAAGUCACCCUGGGUAUUAACAGUUUUAAGAAAAAGGAAACAAACUUGCAAGACGUUUUCGUUUUUCAUCUUGCGAAGCAAGCCCAUAGGGAAAUUCGUCUUGCGAAGCAGCUCAAAAAACGAAAAACUCUUUCGUCUUGCGAGUUUUUUGUCUUGCGAGGCAUUCGUCUUGCGAGGUACCACUGUACUCUAAUCUUUAGUGUUUCACAGAUCUAACAUUUCUCCUUAUGCCGUUCAACGUGUAAGUACUACUCCCUGAGUAAAAAUAAUUUGUUAAUUCUAAUUCUUCAAGGCUUAGAAUUUACUACAGUAUGAUCUGAAUCCUUUUAUAAUGAAAGUGUCAUAGUGUAACACCACAUAUUUACGUUUAUAUAUUUUAAAAGUCUCACAAACCUAAUUAGUCUGUUUAAUGUACAGUCAAAUACUGCUGUGGGCAUUUUGAGCAUCUUUUGCUGUUGGAUCUCUUCUCUUUUGUUGUUUGUAUUUUUUAGGAUCCUAAGAAUUUUGCAUCUUCUUUCAUGUGUUCCAGGGUACUUUGAGUUUAUAGUACUUAAACAGCAGUGCUCCUGCUCCUGCCACUGGCAACCUUGCUUAUGGAACAGAUGAGUUUCAGAAGUAGUUUGUAAUAUGUCUGGCCACAGUUAUCCAUGUCUAGGUGACUUCUCAGUUUGACUACUGCAAUGCACUUUACAUGGGGCUGUUGUGGAAGACUGCAGCUAAUGAAGAACACUAUGGCUAGACUUCCAACUGGGACCAGGUGAAGAGAUCACAUUUCAGCUGUACUAAAACAACACUGUUGCUCAGUAAGUUUCUGAGCCCAGUUCAAAGUCCUAGUCUUAUUCCUGAAAACCUCAGCAUAUUGGAACCUGAAUACCUAUUGCAUUACUUCCUCCAGUUGCUGCCAUUAUGGGCAGCAGGUAGUAGUCAGGAUGAGAGAAUCUUUCAGUGUGGUCUCAUCACCUUUGGAAUGCUCUCUCCAGGUACCCAGGCACCCUCAAAAGUAUUAUUUCAGCAUCAGGCAAAAAAACCACACAUUUAUGUUGAGAACCACUGUAGUUUAAACAUAGAGCAGUUUUAACCUUACUGUCAAUUUAAAAAGCAGUAAAGUUAAAGCAGUAAAAUGGAGGCAAUUUUUGUUCAUAUGCAUUGUUCUGUUUUCUUUUUAAGAAGGCUCCGUUCACUGGAAGGGAAGGUUGCUUCUAGCUGGAUGUCUCUGGGAAGAGCAUUUCAUAAAGUGGAUAUCACUGUAGAAAAAUCUGUGUUCCACAUUGCUUUUAAAUUGUGCCUCCGCAAAGGAAGAUCCACAGAGGAAGGCACCAGCUCUCAGAGAAUGUGGCCCCACACGCAGUGCUCUUGAUGGCACCUGUUAUUUCGUUUUUGUUUGUUUUAAGGUUCAAGAGAUACAGGAUGGUGAUACCUACGUUGCAUUAAUCACAGUUGACUUCAAAUAUCAUCUAGAACAUUUAAUAAUAGGUUCGUGCCCCACAGGUACAUGUUUCCUACUAAAGAGGGAAACAUUUUUUUAAAAAGCAAAAAAGAUUUUAUAUCUGUGCUUGUUUCAUUUUUGCUGAAUAAAAAUUAGACUUUUGAACCACUCCUGCUGCCCAUUAAAAGAAGGUUAGUAGUAAUCACUUGAUUUUACAAAAGAACAAGAAGGGGGGAAGGGGCUUUUGUUAGAAUCAUCAUGUUGAUAACAUAGAAAGUUAAACAAAAGUUGGAACAUGCAUACUGCUUCUCCCUUAGGAACAAUCUGGUCUGUUUGCCCAGCAGGAAAUUAGUAGAUUGGUUAAUAAGUGGAGUCUGUAUUCAGCCUUCUUGGAAGUCUGCAAGCUGUUUCUACAACAUGCAAUUCUUUUAGCUCUGGUUCUAUUACCAGCAUUACCAAUGUGCUUCACCACUGAUAAUUAUCACUGUUUUUAGGGUAAAUGCAAUAAGGAUUAUUACAAAAACCCCUGGGAGCCGCUGCCAGGCAGUGUAGUAGGCAAUUCAGAGCUACUUGGACUAAAAGUCUGACUUGGUAUAAGGCAGCCUCCUAUGUCUGUGCUCUUUUUGUGUCUCAGGGUGUGGUCUGAAGGCACAUAAGUCUACCACCUUGCUGAAGCUAAGCAGGUCUAGGUCUGGUCAGUGCCUGGAUGGGUGACCACCUCGGGACCACAUGUUCGCUGCCUUGAGUUCCGUGGCAGAAGAGAGGCAGGAAAUAAAUGUAAGGAAAUAAAAUUAAUAAAGCAGUGAUGAAAAGCUAUGGCUAUAGAGGUUGCAUUUUUAUCACCUCAGAAUUGUAUGUGAGAAAGUGAUACUGUCAGAUAGUUUCUCUGGCCCUGGCUUAGUGCUCUCUAGUGCACCUUUAGAUUAUUUUUAGACUUAUUAUUUCUCUUGCUACUUGUUAGCAGUGCUUCCCUGCCUCUAUGUGCAUCUCUUUCAAACAUUGUUCGAGGCAGCAUUUACAUAUUUGAAAGGGCUUAUAUAAAGCAUGGGAUUGGGUGUGUGCAAAGCAUUUGCUCAUCCAGAGUUCCAUGUGCCUAGCCUGAUUUCAAUGUUUAAGAAUCAUUUAAAUUAUUUUCUAGCCCUUAUCCAUGUGGCACUUGCAUGCUACUGAUUUGUGUCCAUCAAGGAAGAUGUACACAUAUGUACUAGCUGUUUACAUAAAGGGUGGUGCUCAGGUUAUGAACCCUUUAAACAUGGAACUAGGCUGCUUGAAACCCUUUGAAAGUGACUGCUCUUAUGGGAACCAGCAUUUUGUUUAAAUUUGGGCCCAUCAUUGAAAGAGAUGUCACACAAUUAGUAUCUUCCAAGUAGCCUCAUGUUGGUGUUCUUAGUAUUUAAAUUGAUUUGUAAGCACAUGCAAACAUGGAUACAUUUUCUGCUUUCCUUUUUACUACAGUACACUCAAGUGUUUGUGCUCUCUAGCCUUAAACAGUAGCCAGCGUAGUGCCUUCCAGAUGUUGUUGGACUCUAGUUUCCAUCAGCCCCAGCCAGCAUGACCAAUGGCCAGGGAUGAUGGGAGUUGCAGUCUAACAACAUCUAGAUGGAACCACACUAGCUACAUUACAUUGCAUUCUGGAGAAUUGAAAUGGUGGGAGCAAGAAGUUGCUCAGUGAUUUAUAACAUAAUAAAAUUCCUGCUUUUGCAGAUGUAUGCAUGGAAGUGCUUAUGAUUAUUUUGAGCGGUGUACCUCUGUGUUCUGGUUAAAAUCACCCCUGGAAUAAUCAUAUAAUAAUCUGCACAUAAAUCCUGAUAGUUAAACGUCCAUUCUUCAUAAACUAGAUGUUCUUGGUCAUGUCAAAACUUCUGUUAGAUCUUAGCCAGAUGGCUUAGUUGGUAGAGCAUGAGACUCUUAAUUUCAGGGUCAUGAGUUCAAGCCCCACGUUGGGCAAAGGUUUCCUGCAUUGCAGGGGGUUGGACUGGAUGACCCUCGUGGUCCCUUCCAAUUCUAUGAUUCAAGAAUUUGCCAAAGGCUUAAAGGUAUGAUGGGCUCACAAAGCGUAUUAAAAUUAUAUUGGUGUAUGUUUUUCUCAUUUCAAAACUAUUAUAAAAAUAGGCUUGAUAAAUGUAAUAUUAUGUCAGUUUUUGACAACUGGCUCUUGUAUUGCUUUGAUAAAUGUUUAAAUGCUUUAGUGUUUGGGUGUGUGUCACUCUAAGAUCUGUAUUUGAAUUUUGUGCAUUUAUAAACUGAGUGAGAGCCAAACAUGUAGGUAAGAACUACAGAUGUAAUAAGAAAAAAAAAUGAGUUACAGAAACCAAACUUUUAAGAAAUGUCAAUGUAAAUUAAUAAAAUGCUGGACGUGUUCUUAGCAUCACUCUUAAUUUCAAUAUUUUAUCCAACUGCAUUUUCAUUUCUUAUAACGGUGGUUCCUGUAGCUCAUCUCACCUUCCCGCUUGGAUUAACACCCAAUUGUAUGGUGUUGUUUGUUUUUGUACUUGUACUGAUCACUAACCUACAUAUCAAGGACUUCAUCAGAAGCUCUAAAUCUGUAGCUUCCUAGAAUUUCAUUGAAAUAUGAGGGCCAGCUGUUUAAACAAGGAGCCGUUAUGAAUUCAGCUCGAUAUUUUGCUAGUUACCAUAGUAACCAAUGUCAGAUUGCAGUUCUUUCCUACACAAAACUCCAAAUGUAUUCCAGACCAGGGAGCUCUUCUAUGUCCCUAAUGGUUUGAGAUGGAUAUGCUUCUGUGCUCUCUUCUUGAGAUGACUUCUGAACUUGGAGGUUGUAGAAGGCAUUUUACUGUUCCCAUUGUGCAAUUUUACCAUAGUCCUUUUUCAUUCACAGCCAGGCAGUUUUGCAUGCCAUGUAGGUAUUAAGUAGCCUCUUGUAGAAAAUCAACAUAUAAUAGGAAAUGCAUUGUAAACUGAUGCUUGGGAAGUAUAGUGCACCAACAAUUUACCUUUAAACUUCAAAUCUGAUGUGGGAAGGUAGAAUAAAUUUAUGUUCCAUGAGCCAGAAUAUGGGUCUUGUCUGUUUCCUGUAAAGUGGGAGAAAAUUUUAAAGUGCAGUUUAGGUUGGCAGGAGGGAUCCCUGCCUCUUUCAUUUGGUAGAUGUUACUUUAGCCUGACUGGGAGUUUAAUGAAUCGGGAGCAGCAGUUUCAGGUGUAUGUAUGCAAGCAAGCAAGCAAGCAAGCAGAGAAAGAAUUCAGCAGUCACUUCCCAACCAAUCUCCUGGCUACAUUGGAAAUGGCAGCACCUUGUUUCUGACUAAUGGGCCUGUUGCCAUCACACUAGUUUCUGACCUGGGCUGUUGAGAUUAGAUAACUUAUCACUGGUUUGUUACUAUGUUUUAACUGAAAAGAGUCCCUUUUUGUUUUAAACAGUGGUAUUUAAUCAGAAAUGAAGCAUAUAAGGUGAACCUGGCAGCAUCCUUGUACUUUGCUGGGUUGCUUAUUGGAAAUAUAUUGUUUGGUCAACUAUCAGAUAAACUGGGCAGGAAGCCUGUGUAUCUAACAGGUAAGAUGAUAUGGAAAACUGUGUAUCUGGCACAGUCUUUUGGUUGUUUCAAAUUUGCGAGUUAUUAUCAACUAGGGUUUUUUUUUAGAUUUAAGUGAUUCAUACUGAUGGUGUGUGAGUGCCUUAUUUGUGUGUGUAUACAUUUAUACACACACAUUAUAUUUCAGGAUUGUUUCAGAAUCAGUAAACAAAAUUAUGAAGUUACAAAAUAAAAUUACGCUGUUAUACCAGAUACACUUAACUAGGGAGAAAUCCCCAUUGGAUGCUAUGGGGCUUAACCUCUAAGCCAGCAGUCGCCAGCCUUUUUGGGUCUGGAGCACACUUAGAAUUUCCAGAAGCUGCCAAGGGCACCACUCACAAAAUGACUGCCAGCUCCAAAAGAAUAGAAAUAAAAAUGAGAUGGAAACAUAAAACAUCAGCUGAGCAGCUCAAGAAAGCCCUGCUGCUGCUCCAGCUCAUGUGAGAUUGAGGGGAUGUGGGACUUACUCAGCUGAUGUGCGGGGAUGUUUCCACAUGCAUCAGCUGAGCAGCCUCAAGCCUCAGUAGCUGCUGCUUUCCGGUACAUCAGCUGUUAACCAGGAGGUUGAAGAGCCUCAGCAAAGUUCUGCUGUGCCUCCAGCUUGUGAGGAGACCCUCCCAACAACAACUAUGGAACAGUUCUUGCUGUAGAGCAUUCAGAAGAAGCAAAGAAAGAAAAAUAAAGGGUUGUCAUAUCCUGCCUCCCAAUAUUCAGCUGAGGCCCCUCUCCUGUAGCUGCCUGAUCCAUGGGACCAACAGGCAGCAAAACAAGUGACAGGUGAUUUCCACACUUCCUCUACUUCAGCACACAUAUGAAAGCCUCUGAAGUAGCUGCCUGUUGAAUGCUUCACAUAGCUGUGAGGCAGCAAAACAAACAAAUAGAAAAAUAGACCAGCAAGUGUGUGGAUCUAAGGACUAGAAAAUAAGAAGCAGGCAAAGUGCAUUAAAGGGAAAGAGUAGCUCUGUGGGACACAUGGGAUUCCUGCUGCCUGGUAUCCAAACAACUCACUCAUCCAUCACAACUCUGAUUUCACAGGAAGGAGCAGCCAGGCUUCAUAAUUUUCUUUCAGGGGGAAUGAGGGCUAGAAACUUCUCCUUUUUUUAAUGAAUGCUCAGUCAGGUGCCAGGUUGGCAACCCUCUGCUCCAAGUAAACAUGCACAGAAUUGCAGUGUUGUCAUGUAGAAGGAGCAUUCACAGAUUUCCAUUUGGACACCUUUGACGUUUUAGAUAUUGCUAACACAUUUGCAAGUAACUGAUACAUUUGUGUCCAUACUAAAAUAACUUAGUAGGAAGACUUUGGGGUUAAGUGGUAGCUACAUCCUCUUAUAAAUAUAGCAUAUUUGGUUAUUUCUAAACAAUAAAUCUUAAUUUGGGGUACUGUCAACUUAUGUGUGUAUGCAUAAUUUGUCUCUUGAUGUUUUAAGAUACUAGAAGUACAGUAUGAUCUAUUUCAGUGGAGCUAAGUUUUCACCUAAGGUGGGGUGGGGGGACUUGUUAAUUCUCCUUUCAGCUUAUUUUUUCUUCAUUGAAAACUGCAAUCCUAUACAUACUCAAUGGGACUUACUUCUUAGUAGACAUAUGUAGGAUUGCACCACAAAACUAAUAUUUUUUUUACCCAUUAUAUGUUUUGUGCAGGUCUUUUCUUAGAUGUCAUUUUUGGGUAUGUUUCAGCAUUUGCUCCAAACUAUGACAUUUUUGCAAUGUCACGCUUUUUCGUUGGAAUUACAAAUGGUGGUAUGUCUCUAGUGUCUUUUGUUUUGACACAAGAAUAUGUAGGAAAAUCCUUUUGGGCACUGACAGGUAAGAGAUGAGAAUUUGAUUCAGUCUGCUAAAAAAAAAAUUCAGUUCCUAAAAUUCUGGCAAAUUUUUUUUUUGUAUUUAGUAGGUCUUUAUUUCUGAUAGGAAUUUGAUUCCAUGAUUCUGUAGAACCAGUUACUAAAAACUGUAAAAUUUUAAGACUUUGUGUUUGGGGCUUUCUGCCAGUUGUGUCCUACUCAGAGUAAACCCAUUGGAAAUAAUGGCUAUGACUAGCUUAGAUUCAUUAAUUUCAAUGCAUCUAUUUAGGUGGAUACAACACUGAAUUUGUUCAGUCAACUAAUUGUUUUUUAUGACAGACAUUUUUUCUUUACAACAGAUAUUUUGCUUCUUUGCUUUUAAUACUCCUAUUUCUAUUGUUCAAAAACUUAAACACUGGCAGAAGCACAUUCCCAUUCACCCCCCCCCAACAUAAAUUUCUGCUGUGGGUUUCUUUUUCUUUUCUCUCCCUCCACCCACUCUUCCUUCUUCAGGUAAUGAUUCUCAGUGUUUGAAUGAUACUUUCCUGCCCCUUAAACCACACAUGACGUUAAAUUUGUGUCUUGGGGGAGACUGAGCAACUCUUAAUUCCUCACACCUCCAUUUUGGUUUUCAGCAGGAACCUUAGAGCAGUCAGGGAAGCCUUUAUGACCUUUUCAUUUUCUUUCUUGAAUGUUGUCCUGCCUGUGACAGUUAGGCACUGCAUAGAAUUAUUUUAAAAUGCUAUCCUUGGGCAGGAUCAUAAUCCAAACACUCUUGUUUAGCACCACUGAACUAGCCGUAUGUCAGAAGGCUAGCUUAUCACUGAGGACAAGUGAUAACUUGUACUUUGCAAAGAAUGGGCUUUCAUAGAUCCAGCACAGCAGCUAGACUUCAGUGCUUUUCUCUGUGUAUUUCUCUUUCCAGUGGAAUUUGCCCAAACCCUCUAGCCCCUAUAGGCUUGCUGUCCUUGUCCCAUUACCAUCAUAUGGAGGGAACAGCAUUCACCUGCUGUUACAUCCUCAUUUCCACCCGGCAUCAACUUCAGCAGGAGUCUGAAGACGGGAGCCUGCUCUACAUGUUUAGGCCUCCCCGUGUCAUUAUAAACCCUUCAGGAUCAGAAUUCUGAAUGGUGCAGCAAGCCUACAUGUGUAGAGAACGCUUCCCAUUUCAGACCUCCCUGCCGUUGUUCAUUGCCUUUCACAACAGUGUUGAUGAUGUGUGUGUUGUCAUGACAGCAGCAUCUGAGACUCUGUAAGCUACAGGUUUUGAACUGCAGUUGUGAACUGAUCUUAUUGGUAACUAGUGCAAUUAAUAAUACAUAAAAUAGAUUGCCAAGCUUUUUGUUAAUCCACAGUUCCCUUGACAGAUCGUUUAGGAAAUUCUGAAAGUCCAAGUAGCAUAUAGAUUAAGGUUGCAGUCAUAGUAAUGUGGCGACUUGCUGCACAAUCUUAAGCAUGUUUACUUGGAACAAGGUUCCACUGUCUUUAGAGGUGUUUAACAUAAGAUUGCAGUCUUCGAGUAAAGUGUAUUGAAAUUGGUGGGAUUCUCCCCCCCAAAUAAAUAAAUAAAUAGUUCAGUUUGAAAUGUUAAUACUUUUGAAAAUGGCUUUCGGCCCAUUGCCUACAUAAUUUAUGUAGUUCCCAUCUCUAUUCUGGAUUAUAUUUUAGAUUAUGCUGAGAUACAUCAGUUACAACAUUUUCUUGCCAGUGUGGUGUAGUGGUUAAGAGCAAUGGACUCGUAAUCUGGUGAACCGGGUUCGCUUCCCCGCUCCUCCUCAUGCAGCUGCUGGGUGGCCUUGGGCUAGUCACACUUUUCUGAAGUCUCUCAGCCUCACUCACCUCACAGAGUGUUUGUUGUAGGGAAGGAAGGGAAAGGAGAUUGUUAGCUGCUUUGAGACUCCUUAGGGUAGUGAUAAAGCGGGAUAUCAAAUCCAAACUCUUCUCUUCUUCAUCUUUUUUUCAGUUCAUAUCUGCUGUUUGUUUUUCAUUUUACUCACUUUAGAUCCUUGAAUUUUAAAAAGUAUUCUUAAACAAUUGGGAUCUAAUUUCUUAAAAUAAGUUUGCUGUGGCUUGCUAGCUUGCCUAAGAUUCACGAAGGUUAGAGUAUGUAGUUAAGAUAGUUUUAUUGUACUUGAUUCAAAUACUAAAUUUUAUUUCCUAAAUGAGUUGGUUUCCAAUUGGCAAAGUCCACAAAGGUGUUUCAGGCUCAAACAUGCAUAAAGUAGGUAAACAGUGUUGGACUUCUCAUGAGUAAGGGUUUAUGAAUUAUGGUCUUAUUAUACAGUCAUGUAGAAAAAUUCUGCUCCUUUUCCCUUAUGGGGCAUCCAAGAGCCCACACAGAGUCCUUAAGUGGGUUCUCUAUUGGUAGGAGAAAAUAACAGAGGCCAACCAGAGAAUAUUGAGAAGCAAAGCAGCUAGUAUCUUUAUUAAACUGUUGCAACAGGGUGCUCACUCACCACAUGCAGGAGGGAGGAGGAAACCAGAACAAUGGUGUGCAAGCCCUUAUGUAGACUUUUGAAAUUUCCCCCCCUGUAGCUCAGGACCACCCCAAAAAACAUCAUACAUCUGCCAGGAUACCUAACAAUGGCCAGCGAUUGCUUACUUGGGCAGCCGGACCAUUCUUUUAUGAUGGUAAAUACUUUAAUUCCUGAACUAAUAGGCUCACCCUAUUAAUACACAAAGAUGCCCUAAAGACAGGUAAGCAGAAGACAAUGGAGAGGCUUUCCCAUUUCCUUCCUCCUUGCAGAGAAACAUUUGAGAUCAAUUUGGGAGAGUCAAAAUGGUUUCAGGAUUGCUCUCCUGUACUAUUUCAGACAUGUGGUUUAUAUACUUAUGUAUGUGUUCGCCUUGUGAAUUUAUGAACAUUUAAUUCAUAUAUAAAGGUAAAGGUACCCCUGCCUGUACGGGCCAGUCAUGUCCGACUCUAGGGUUGUGCGCUCAUCUCACUUAAGAGGCCGGGAGCCAGCGCUGUCCGCAGACACUUCCGGGUCAUGUGGCCAGCGUGACGAAGCUGCUCUGGCGAGCCUGCACCAGCGCAGCACACGGAAGCGCCGUUUACCUUCCUGCUAUAAAGCGGUCCCUAUUUAUCUACUUGCACUUAGGGGUGCUUUCGAACUGCUAGGUGGGCAGGAGCUGGGACCGAAAGACGGGAGCUCACCCCACCGCGGGGAUUCGAACCGCCGACCAUACGAUCGGCAAGUCCUAGGCACUGAGGUUUUACCCACAGCGCCACCCGCGUCCCUAUAAUUUAUAUAUAUGAGACCUUAAAAUCUUACAACAACAGGGUGGCCCAAAAGGAGGUAUACUGCUUUAGAAUCCACUUUCUUUGUUCUUGACUCAAAUUCACUGUUAUCAUUCACAAUCAUCCUUUUAUCUGACUCCACUAUUCUUUCCAACUGCCAGCCUGAAAUUUAACUGCCACUUUGUUGUAUGUCAGUUAUGUGUACCCAUAAAAUCUUUUGUGAUGAAUUUCAUUGAUUCAACUGUAUACCUACUUUUGGGUCACCCUGUAUGUAUACUUUAUGUGUGGAGAGACUUACAGCCAUAGUUAAUGAAACCUCUUGCUUUUUUUCUAUUUUCAGGCUCAUUAACAAAUUUGACAUUUGCGGUUGGCAUAGCAAUUUAUGCAUUAUUGGGUUAUUACAUAAGAGAGUGGCGUUUCCUUGCUUUCGUAUCCAAUUCUCCAGGACUUUUCUUUCUCCUUCUCUCUUUGUAAGUAAUGUUUUGUGUAUGUUAUGUAACUUGCAAACCAGAAAUAAAGUACUAUUACUGGAGAGCAGACUAGUAAAGGUAGAAUUUUGAAAUGACUUGUGUUCUAAGUAAAAUAAGUUAGAGGAACUUGGGGGAUUUCUGUUUUGCUGUCGAUAAUCAAAUGCUUACAUAUUGCUUAUGGAAGAAUAUAAUCAGAAGAAAAAUCCAGUUGGUUGUGAUUCUCACAAACACCCCUUUGUAUGCAUGGAAGUCAAGGUUGGCAGUUUUUGCACAUGCAGUAUAGCUUUAUUAGAAUUAAAUGAUUGAACAGUUUUUGUACUUUUACAGAUUCAUGAAAAUAAUUUAUAUCUAUGGAAUAUGACCAUAAUGGGUGGAUAUAUAAAUAAUGUUGUGGCUUUGCUAAUUUGGGAGCCAGAGAACUGGAAGUAAUCUUGUUUGUUGUCAUUCUGUACCAGGAUGGUUAAAAUAUUUUGAUAAAUCUGGCUAAUCUCACAGUGGUUUGCAGAUUCAUAAAUUUAAAAGACUGCAGAUCACUAGCAUACAGUGGUGCCCCGCAAGACGAAUGCCUCGCAAGACGGAAAACUCGCUAGACGAAAGAGUUUUCCGUUUUGGAGGUGCUUCGCAAAACGAAGCUCCUAUGGGCUUGCUUCGCAAGACGAAAAUGUCUUGCGAGUUCCUGCAGUUUUUUUCCCCUUUCCCCCCCUUUUUCUAAGCCGUUAAGCCGUUUAUCUGCUUAUCCGAUAAGCUGAUAAGCCGCUAAAAGCCGCUAAUAGCGCUAAUCCGCUAAUCCGUCAAUGGGCUUGCUUCGCAAGACGAAAAAACCGCUAGACGAAGAGACUCACAGAACGGAUUCUUUUCGUCUUGCGAGGCACCACUGUACACUAUUUUUACCUGCUUUCUGAUAGAUUUUGUCAAGCUUUGAAAGGCUAGUAAAAUAUGAUGAUCUAAUGAAAAGACAGUUGUGUUAAUAUACAGAUUUUAAAAACCCCAAAAUAAUUAUCCAUGUUUCUCUUUACAGCAUGCUUCCAGAAUCACCAAGAUGGUUAUACUCCCAAGGGAAGACAACAGAAGCAGAGAAUGUGCUACAAUACAUAGCCCUUGGUAAUGGGAAAGAAAGACUGUCUGUGAAACUGAAGCAAUGCACAGGAGCAGUAAAAAAGGAUGAUUCAGCUUCUGGUGUCCGAAGCCUCAUUAAGCAUCCAGUCCUUCGGUGGCGCACUGUCAUCUUGAUGUAUAUUUGGUAAUUAAUAAAAAGAGCUUCUCAGGGUACAUGAAUUAGUUGCACACACAAAAUAGCAAACUUUGGGCUGUCUGAAGAAAUGUUAUUCUGCUGAUGCCUCAUUGGAACAACUUCAAAAUUACCUGACAUUUCCAAAAGUAGAUAAAUAUUUGGAAAGAGCUAUGAGUUUUUCUGAGUCAUGAGGCAUUAUUUUUUUGAUUCUGCCUCUUCUGCCCCAGAGCAGAGUUAAAGUUUUUGUUUCUUUCUUUUUCUAAGUUUCAUACCUUCUGUGGUAUAAUGCUUAAAGAGAUAAUCAUUAUGAGAAGUAUAAUAACAGAAUUAUUAUUAUGAAUUCCAUUUAUAAGUGUGUAUGAAUGUGUGUCUAGGGGGAUUUAAGAGCACAAGGUCCAUCUUUUUUAAAAAAGCAAAUUUAUUUUUUAAGGGUAUCACUCCACAAAGAAGGUUACAACUGAAAUAACUACUAUACAGUAUUCAUUAUUUCUUGAUGGACUGCUUCAUAUGUUGGCUUUGUUUUAUGACUGUAGGUUUGGGGUCUCCCUAAAGUCUUUUGUACUAAAUAUUAUACUGGAUGUUGAUACAGUCAGAACCAGGUGCAAAAUAAUCACUAGCGGUGGACAUGCAGAGAAAUUUUCUUUCUCUAGUUCUUUUAGGGAUUAAGAAAGAGAAGAAGUUGAGCUGCCUGUAUUCUAAUUUGAUUUUGAUCUUUCUGUAUCUAGUUGAAAUGAAGGCUGGUGUGAUUGAGGUUUUGAUGGUUUCAACAGAAUCUUAAUCCAGUUGUCUAAAUUUGUUGUUUAUGGCACAAUUACCUUAUUGAUGUAUUUGAAAUGCACCUGAAUAGGAAUUGCACCACAAAUGGUAAAAUAACAUAAAAUAACGUAAUCACACAACUAGCAAAAUCUCAGGUGGAGUUCUGUUUUGGUCCUUGCUGUUACAUGUAGCAUUGCUGUAUGCUUAUUUCUGUUGUGUACAUAUUCUUUAUAUAGUACAAAGAUAAAGGUUACUGUUGCAUACAUCCCUGACCUUUGAGGAUCUGCAUUAGCUGAUCAACCUUUAAUUGAUACAUUUAGGUAUGUGUGCAGCCUUGUCUAUUAUGGCUUAACACUGAACGCUGGAGAAUUGGGAGGAAACCUAUAUCUAAAUGUGGCUCUUUCUGGCCUGGUAGAAGUUCCAGCAUUUCCACUCUGCAUGUUCUUCAUUGAAAAAUCAUGGUAAGAUUUAUUUAUUUAUUUCCGCCCUUUGGCAUCUUUGCUUUCCUUUACUUGUAUAGUUGACCCUUAACAGAAAAUAUAAUAUCAUUUCUGCUACAUUUUCUCUUUAGGUCAGGAAGACGUAAAAGUACAACUGCUUUUUUGAUAUUUUCAGGCCUUGCCUGUAUAUUCACCAUGUUCCUACCAGAAAAUAGAGGUGGUGAGUAUAUGUCCUUUCCUAAGUAAACAUUACACACACAUAAUUCAUCUCAUCGAAAGGCAUGAAAGCAAGUGCAUGCAGUAUUUUAAUGUUUUGUAAAAAGAGAACUUCUGACACAAGCUAGAAUCUGCCACUUGAACUUAAAUACAAAUGUCCUUGAAACAAUUAACUUGUUUUCAGUGGAAUCUUCUCCAAAUGUGGCCAAAUCAGAACUUUGCCUUUGUGUGUCAUUUUACUUAAUGGGGGAAGGUGGAGCUGAUAAAAGUAACACAUUUCUUUCAAACUCUGUUUUAGGAUUUUUAUUCAGUCCCAACAUCUUAGCUUUAUAUGGGAAAUUGACUGUAAGUGCUGCUUUCAACAUUGUAUAUAUUUACACUUCAGAACUCUACCCAACAGUAGUGAGGUAAACAAUUUUCUUUUUGUAUUUUUUUAAAAAUUUUUGGCUUCAAAUCCCAUACGAUUCUCAUAUACCAAGAGCAAUAAUGCGCAAAGAAAUGAAACCUCAUCGGCAAGUGCAUUCAGCUUACAAGCUACAGGUGUGCCAGCAUUAGCAUUGCUGUUCCUGAGUUACAUGUUUAGAAGCUUGAAUGUUUUAAAUCAUGGAGAUUUCUCCACAUUUCAAGUCUUUCUGGGACAAAAUGAUUCAUAUAUACAGUGGUA